AACAGGCCCUAGGAGGCGGUGAAGUGAACUGUUUGAUGAUUUUGUCUCCAAAACCCAUGGCGGCUCCCUUUCUUCAAGCCUCAAAACCUCUUUUUUUUCUUUGUCAAUCGCUCUCUCUCUUUUCCUUGACCUUUCCCCGAAAAUCCCCAUCUCUUAAAUUCUCUCCCGGCUUUAAAUUCUACGAUUUCUCUUUCUUUCUCUAUCAAUCUCAUCAUCAUUAUCAGCAUGGCAGCUGUUGCUUCUCCUUCUGAUCAGGUUGCAGAUGUGUUGGAGAACUUGCCAUUAGAUUCUCAGACUAUGACUGCUGAAAUUCCUGAAGCUACAAAGAAGCUUUCUACUAGUCAAUAUGGAUCAGGUGACUUGGCUACUAAUACAGCCAAGCCAUUAAGUCGGUCUAUGAUCCCUCUUCACGUACACCAAAACGCGUACUAUUCUCCUAAUGGCUACCCAUCGCCUGCGUACUAUUAUGGAGGUUAUGAUGGGCAUGGUAAUGGGUGGAACGACUACUCUAGUUAUGUUAAUCUUGAUGCGGUUGAGAUGUCUCACGGCAUCUAUGGCAAUAAUGAAACUGGCAUGUACAAUCAAGGCUAUGGUUUUUCAACUUUUGGAGCAUAUCCCUCAACAAAUUGUACUGUGCCUACAAUUGGAAAUGAUGGCCAGCUAUAUGGAACAGAGCAGUAUCAGUACCCUAAUCCUUUUUACCAGGCUCCAACUUCAACUGGCUCACUUUAUUCCCCAGACUCGGCCAGUGCUUCUCAGUUAGAGGUUCCAACUUCUGCUGCAGCUGAUAAAGUGGCUUUGACUGUUGGGACAACUUCAGGACACCCCAAUAAUACAGUAAACACUGGAAGUGUAAAUAGAAGUAGUGGACCAAGACCUUUCAGACCAAGUAAUCAAAAUUCAUCUUCAAUUUCAAGUGUUCCAUAUAACAGGGGAGGUUUACCAACUGGAUUUCCUUCUUUUGGUUAUCAUGGCCCAAGAUUUGGAUAUGAUGGAUUUCAGUCACCAAUGCCUUGGUUAGAUACCUCUAUGUUACCUAAUGGGCCACCUGGACAUGCAAUCAGCACUGGGUUCUCUUCACCUCUGAAUUCACACCGUACAAGACCAAUGUCUGGUUUGGGCCAAGCUUCCGAAGGCAUGAACUUGAUGUACCCUAACAACAGAAUGUAUGGCCAAUAUGGAUACAGAGCUGGUUCAAGUUUUGGAUCCUUUGGUGGUAAUUCAUGGACAAAUGGACAUGGGUGGGUGGUUGUUGAUAAUAAGUGCAAACCUAAGGGCCGUGGCUAUGGCAAUGAGAAUAUAGAUGGCUUAAGUGAGUUGAAUAGAGGACCUAGGUCCAAGGGUUUUAAGAACCAAACAGAGUUUGGGCCUGUUCCUCAGGCAGUCCCGGGGCAGAACAUGCCAUUGACCGAGAAUAACAAGGGGGAUAACGUGCCUCACAUGCCAGACAAGGAACGGUACAACAGGGAGGAUUUUCCCGAGAAUUACCCAAAUGCAAAAUUUUUUGUUAUUAAGUCAUACAGUGAGGAUGAUGUUCAUAAAAGCAUCAAGUAUGGUGUGUGGGCAAGCACACCUAAUGGAAAUAAGAAGCUAGAUGCAGCUUACCAUGAGGCCAAGGAAAUUCCUGGUGGCUGCCCUGUAUUUCUACUAUUUUCUGUCAACACCAGUGGGCAAUUUGUUGGUUUGGCUGAGAUGGUGGGGGCUGUUGAUUUUAACAAAACAAUGGAGUAUUGGCAACAGGAGAAGUGGAUUGGUUGCUUCCCUGUCAAGUGGCAUAUUGUUAAGGAUGUAGCAAAUAGUUCCUUGAGGCAUAUAACACUUGAGAACAAUGAGAACAAGCCUGUCACUAAUAGUAGGGAUACACAAGAGGUUAUCUUGGAGAAAGGUAUUCAGAUACUUAAAAUUUUUAAGGGUCAUAGAAGCAAGACUUCCAUACUGGAUGAUUUUGGGUUUUAUGCGGCUCGCGAAAGGAUUAUGCUGGAGAAGAGGGCUAAGCAAAAAAUUCAAAAACAGGUUUUUGACAGGAAGCCUGGCAAUGAUUUGGCUACUAAUUUAGAGAAACUUGAAAUGGUGGGGAAAGAGAGUUCAGAAAAAUCCAUCAACAGUGUAUUGAAGGAACCAGUUGGUGCAGUAGCAGUUGAACUGGGGAAGAUGAAUGGGGAGGUAAAGCUGCUAGAAGAGAAUGGAUCAGAUGCAGCAGUUGAAAACUCCCCUAACAAUAACAAGUCCGUUGGGACAUCUGAAAACAAAGUUGAUCCUAAUGUGGUUGCAAGUGCCUGCUAAUUUUUAGGCGUUUACCACUUCAUUUUGGGAUAGGAUGUUAGGGCAGAGUUGAGGUGAUGGGUUUCAUGACACUGGUAGUGAAUUUGCUAAUUACUAUCAGUACUCACAUAGGUUAGCUUUACCUUUUUUAGAUGGACUCAUGCUUUGUGGAUCAGAAAGACCUGUGUUCUUUUAUAGCUUGGUGAGACAGACUGGCUUCUCAGGACCUUUAAAGAUAAUGUUUUUCUCUCCUUUUGGUGGGAAAUUUUGAGUAA